AUGUUGAGUACCUUCAAAAACCUCUCCCCCAAGCUCCGCCUCGGCGUCGGCGUCGGCGUCAUCGCCUGGGGCCUGGCCGGCCUCUACCUCUCUGACCGCGCCGAGGAGAAAUUCGGCCUCACCCCGUCCGACCAGGACAAGGAGCUGCUACGCAAGUGGACACCGCGAGUCAUAGCAGUUGACAAGCCAGACGGCAAAUAG